AUGACUUCGGCGGAUUUAACAUUGAUUGAAAGGCUACGAAAGGAGAAUUUAGAGCAAUUCUUUACUUUAGUGCGUAUGCACCUAUCUUUUGUCGUAGAUAUUAAUACUGACGAUGUUGACUGUUCAACUGAUAAACCAAAGCAGUUCCGAUGGAACUUCCAUAAGAAAACAAAGAACUCCAAUUCAAAUUCUAGUCAAAAUAAUGCAAAUAUUACGAAAAAUAACGUCGAAGUGAGUUCAAUUACUGAAGAUGGAAUAUUGAGAGUGAAUGAGCUGAUAGAUUUUCUAUCAAAACCCGACAAUGUAACCCAAGAAGGAAUAUUUCGCAGAACUGGUUCGUUGAACAGACAGCAAGAGUUGAAGAACUUGCUCCUCACAGGAUCCAACCUUGGUUUGGAUGAUGGAAAGUUUUCUGUCCAUGAUUGUGCCUCUGUGUUGAAGGGAUUCCUUGCUGAGUUACCACAACCUCUACUGAUGGAUCAGUAUUAUCAGACAUAUUGCACUUUGGCUGCGCAAUACCCUCCGAAUGCAGAUUCGUCAGAAGUAAAGCUCCUAACAGCGUUGCAACUGCUCCUGCUACUUCUAACACCGUCCCACAGGAACUUCUUACAGCGGCUGUUGCGGUUGUUACGACUGACUGCGGACAAUGAAGCCUCUAAUAGGAUGUCGCCUGACACUCUAGCUACCAUGUUCACUCCACAUCUACUUUGUCCAAGAAAGCUAUCACCAGAGACAUUCCACGCGGACUCUAUAGCACUAUCACCAGUGAUCAGCUUCAUGAUCCGCCAGUCCUCCAAACUGUUUGACGCGCCGACGCAGUUGGUGACGGACGCGGCCGCCUACCUCACAGUGCGGGAGAAGAGACGAGCCAUGUCGCCGCUGGUCGACUUGGAUGAGAGUAUUACUGAUAAGACGGCCGCGAGCACGGUGUACACGUUCGUGGACCGUCCGCGCACGCGCGCCGAGAACGCUCACAACCCGACCGACACCGCGCUCGCGCAGCUCUACGCACACAUACAGGCGCUGCCUGACUCCAGCCACAAACGACGGCUCAUCAAACAUUUCAACAGGCAAAAUGGAUAUGGUACACCAAUACAAAUUCAAAGGACAGGUAAAGUGGCUGGUUCUAGAAGUUUCGGCGAUUCCAUAAAGAGACAUAUCUUCAACAAGGGACUUCUCAACAAGACGCCAAAGAAAGGUUCUGGCUCUAAUAUUAAUGUAAUAGAAGAGAAAUCAGCCAAAGGGAAACUAAGGUUCACAGAUGACAAUAAAGUCGAUGUGUCACACAAAAAUAUAGUUCUCAAAAACUUAGCUCAUAAAAUAGCGAGCUCUGAGUCUCUAGACGACGACUACGAAUCGGACGCCAGCAACGAAAGCACGUUAUCAGAAGGCGCACUAAAUAAAUCUCGUAAACUAAGUCCGAAGUUCGUGUCUGAACCGAAUUUGAGUGCUUUGGAUACAAACGAUGAAACUCCGAAGAAGAAACGCGGUAAUCGGCUGUUUCGUUCGAAGAUAAUGACGACGCAGACGUUGAAUAAGAAGUAUCAGAAGCGGCACGGGGCUAUACGGGGGACGCCGACUUGCGUCUCGUGUUUCGAUGACCAAGACACUGGGUCGGAGCACGAGUCGUGCCAAGAAACGAGUCAAGACAAAAGUCCUAUAGACACACCAACGAGGAUUUUGCAGGACGAUAUGAAACACUACCUUACUAGUACGCCAGGGAUAUCUGACGCGGUUCUGUUUGAUGAAGACUGUUCCACGCCUUACGCUAUAAAUUUUCGAAGAGCCUCUAUGUCGCCCAUAACGAAGUCUACGCAAAAGUUGUCCAAAGCAAUGCAGGAAUCAAUAAUGACACCGCGAUCCCGUAAACCGCUGAUUAUAACAUCGGAACAGCGAGACAUGGCCGACACGACCGUUCAGAAAGACGAAACGACCAAGUCUGACGUCAUCUAUCAAUCUAUGUCGCCCAAGAACGAUAGCGAUUUCGUCUCCUCAGAUGAUGAUGACGUCACAAGGUCCACAUUCUCGUGUGAAAGAUCAAGAUCAAGUCAGUCUGCAAGCACAUCACUACCACGAACGAAUCAAUUCGAUGCCCGAUCGAUCAAUUCAAUCGGUGAAGGUAGCCCUAUACGACCGGAAAGUACUCGAUUCGUUUUAAGCCGCGAUAGACCGAAUUUAGUUGACGAACUAAACACAACACUAUGCGGUAGCGACGAUGGCCUACCAAAGUUCGCAAUAUCUUACGAUACAAACGAACAAAAAUGUCUAUCGGAACCUUUUAGAGAAUAUCUCCUCAGUAGAUCGGUUCUAACAGCGACUCCAAUCGAUUUAUCGAUACUAAAUAAAUCGAAUGACACCGAUGAUAAAAUUAGCGAUUCACUUCUCUACUGUUUAGAUGGUAACGUACCUUCAGAUUUAACGUUAUCGAUAAGUAAUUUGGCAGUCGAUAAAGAAUCUAGUUUGAGGUCGCCGUUAACGAGUAUAAGUGUGAAUAUCGAUAAAAGUCCGAAUAGAAAGCGUUUGGCUGAUAAUAUUGGUUGCAUAGAGGAAUCUACGUCUGAGACGAAGAAGCUGAUGGUUGCUAAAGAGAAUAUAAAAGAGGUUUUUGAAAUACGAGAGACUGAAUUGUAG